AUGCCCAUCCUCGUUCCGUCAGGCAAUGCGGCCAUGGCAGCCCAUAACUACGAAGAGGCGUUAUCUCUCUAUUCCAGAGCAAUCGCCCUCUGUGGUGGCACCAACGCCAUCUACUAUGCCAACAGGGCCGCGGCACAGCACCAGCUGGGAAACUACAUGGAAGCUGCGGCGGACAGCAGGAGGGCGGUAGCAGUGGAUCCGAGGUACAGCAAGGCAUACAGUCGGCUGGGGCAUGCGUGCAUGGCGCUGGGACGGCACCAUGAAGCAAUUGAAGAGGGCUUUAAGAAAGCUUUAGAGCUUGAUCCUUCCAAUGCAGCGCACAAGGAGAACCUAAAGGCAGCCAAGAGGAAGCUUGACGAGCAGAGGCGUGGCGCGUGCUGCUCCCAUCAU